AUGUCCUGUGUUGGAACAGGCCUAUUUAUGGUAAUUGAGGUAUUGGUCUCAUUUUUUACAGGUUUGGAUGCAUUUGUACCUGAGUCUACUGCCCUCACCGAGCUCGACUUCGAAAAUGCGAAACUUCUCACAAAAGAUGAACUGUAUAAUCCGAAUGCGCUACCGCUGGAGGAAGUGAACAGGCAUCGAUCGGACAUUCGUGGACCGAUAGCUUCCAGACGGCGAUUUCGACGAAACGGCAUCAAUAGGCCAGCCAAAUUAUGGCCCGGCGGUAAAAUACCAUAUUCUAUAUCACCGCAUUACACAAAUUUGGAACGUGCAUUGCUUGCCAAAGCUGUCAAACAGGUACAAAACAAGUCUACAGUUUUUACCUCGGUGGAUGAGUGUUUUGGAUCUUAA